UGUGGUCGGAAUCCGGCACGGGAGGUGGCCGAAGUUGCGGUGCUUGACUGACUCUCGCUCGGCAGAAGGCAAAACCGGGGAGCUUCUCUUCCUUCCCUCCCCCCCCCUUCGUCGCCUCUGGUUGGGAGAGCUCCGGAGUGGCGCGGGAGCUGCGUGCCUCUCGCUUUCGCCUCGCACCUGGCUAUGCCUCCUUGUCCGUCAGUGCUGGUGUUAGGAGCGUGAAGAUUUCUUCCUGGAGAUUUUUUUCAUAUUCCUCUGGUCAUGCAUAAGAAGAAUUAUUUAACAUUAUAAUGGAUUUUAAGUGGAACUACCAAGAAAAGAAGUGUUAUAAUAAAAUUUAUGUCUGACAAGCCAUAUAGCUUCUCACAUAGAACAAUGACAACUUCUCAUAUGAAUGGACAUGUAACAGAAGAUUCAGACAGUGAAACAAGAAUUAUGGAUCUUGCACCUCUUGAAGAAUCUCAGAAACACAGGGAAAUGGCUGUGGAUUGCCCAGGUGAUCUAGGCAACCGCAUGAUGCCAUUACGGCGGAGUGCUCAACUUGAACGGAUUCGACAACAGCAAGAGGACCUAAGGCGAAGGCGGGAAGAAGAUGGGAAAAAACAAGAACUUGAUCUUAAUUCUUCUAUGAGACUGAAGAAGCUGGCACAAAUUCCUCCCAAGACUGGAAUAGACAACCCUAUGUUUGACACAGGAGAAGGAGUAAUUCUGGAGAGCCCGCAUUGUGCUGUGAAAGUCCUAGAAGUUGAUGAGCUGCUGUGUUCUCUUAAACACGUCCAACACACGCUGAUAGAUCCACAAAGUCAGGAGGAAAUUGCUCUCAUUUUACAGCUUGUGCAAAAUACUGACUUUCAAAAUGCAUUUAAGAUACACAAUGCUGUUACUGUGCAUAUGAACAAAGCAAGUCCCCCAUAUCCUCUUAUCUCCAAUGCACAAGAACUUGCACAAGAGGUACAAAAUGUUUUGAGACCAAGCCAUCAAAAAGAUGGGCUGGAACUUAAUUCUUUAUUGAAUGCUCCUCAUGUUCAGGCACUACUUUUGGCUCAUGAUAAAGUUGCUGAGCAGGAAAUGCAACCAGAAUCAGUGGCAGAUGAAAAGAUAUAUGAAAAUGUUGGGGUGUAUGGAGGAGAAACAGUUAAAAUUGUUCGCAUUGAGAAAGCUAGAGAUAUUCCAUUGGGUGCCACAGUGCGAAAUGAAAUGGAUUCCGUCAUCAUUAGUCGAAUAGUGAAGGGAGGUGCUGCUGAAAAGAGUGGGCUCUUACAUGAAGGUGAUGAAGUUUUGGAAAUCAAUGGAACUGAAAUUCGUGGAAAAGAUGUUAAUGAGGUUUUUGACUUGCUGGCAGAUAUGCAUGGCACUCUGACAUUUGUGCUGAUUCCAAGCCAACAGAAUAAGCCUCCACCUACUAAGGAGACAGUGAUUCAUGUGAAGGCUCACUUUGACUACGAUCCUUCUGAUGACCCUUAUGUCCCUUGCAGAGAGUUAGGGCUGUCUUUUCAAAAAGGAGAUAUACUUCAUGUGAUCAGCCAGGAAGAUCCAAAUUGGUGGCAGGCUUAUCGAGAUGGAGAUGAAGAAAAUCAGCCUUUGGCAGGCCUCAUUCCAGGAAAAAGUUUUCAGCAGCAAAGAGAAGCAAUGAAGCAAACUAUAGAAGAGGACAAAGAGCCAGAAAAAUCAGGAAAACUUUGGUGUGCAAAAAAGAACAAAAAGAAACGAAAGAAAGUUCUGUAUAAUGCCAACAAAAAUGAUGAUUAUGACAACGAGGAGAUUUUGACUUAUGAAGAAAUGUCACUUUAUCACCAGCCAGCAAAUAGGAAACGACCUAUUGUCCUGAUUGGUCCCCAGAACUGUGGUCAAAAUGAACUGUGGCAAAGAUUAAUGAAUAAUGAAGCUGACCGAUUUGCUUCUGCAGUUCCUCAUACAACACGAAAUAGGAGGGACAAUGAAGUAGCUGCCAGGGAUUAUCAUUUUGUAUCACGGCAAGUAUUUGAGACGGAUAUUACAGCAGGAAAGUUUAUUGAGCAUGGUGAAUUUGAGAAGAAUCUGUAUGGUACCAGCAUAGACUCUGUCCGACAGGUGAUCAAUUCUGGAAAGAUAUGUCUCUUAAAUCUUCAUACACAGUCAUUGAAGAGUUUACGAAAUUCAGACUUGAAACCAUAUAUUAUCUUCAUUGCACCUCCUUCACAAGAACGGCUUCGUGCAUUGCUGGCCAAAGAAGGCAAAACUCCAAAGCCAGAAGAACUAAGAGAAAUCAUAGAGAAAACCAGAGAAAUGGAGCAAAAUAAUGGCCAUUACUUCGAUACAGCGAUUGUGAAUUCUGAUAUUGACAAAGCAUAUCAAGAAUUGCUUCGUUUAAUUAACAAACUUGAUACAGAACCUCAGUGGGUUCCAUCCUCUUGGCUGCGAUGAAAACAGAGCCACGCCAGUGAAGAAAGGGUUUUGCCAAUUGCAUCCUUUUCAUCCUUACUAAUUUGUUUAAUCCUCAAAUCCAACUAUGUUGCUGUGAUUGUAGAAUGUCUGGCUUUCUCUACUUCUAAUUAGACACAGUGUGAACAAGCCACAUUUUAAUUAUUUAAAAAGGUUUUUCUAACAGCUUCUUUUUGUCUAGACUAGAGUUUUGGUCUUCAAGCAAGUAUAUUUAUACAGUCCAUGAUCAUUAUUAAUAUAGGUUACUUUACACUGGUAACUUAAUGAUCUAAUGAAAAUAUUGUAGCUCUCAAAAAUACCUUUAGGAAACAUUGGAUGGAUGAAAUAAUCAAGAAGAAAAAGGAACUAAUCUGCACAUUUUCUUCUUCAUAGUAUAAAGGGGCCACUAAUAUGGAGUUGUCCUUAGGCUUGAAUUUUUUUAAAUUUUAAAUUUAAUUUUAAUUUUUUAAAUUAAACAUUCCUUUAUCCAAUAGCACUGUAAUUUUUUAAAAAUAUGUAUAAUGUAAAUAAUUAAACAUUUUUUUGUCUUUAGAUACUUUGUAAAUCAGAUUGAUAGCUUAUUAAAUGAGAUUCCACUAAAGGUGAAUUCUAUGUAUAAGUCAAUAUUUGAGAUGUGAUAUUUUUAUGGAUUUUCCCCCUUUUGUCUACAUCACUUGAUUGGAAGCCACUGGUAUCCCAAAGAACUAUGGAGCAUUUUAGAAGGGAAGCUAUAUUUUUAUGACAAUUCUUAUAUGGAUUUUUUACAAGGCUUUGCUUCCUUACAAUGUAAAAUUGUUUUCAUAAACAAACAAAUGAAAACUAGAGUUGGGAAUAGUGAAUAUUAGCAUAUAUUCUUGUAUUUUUAUAUGUAGGUACAAGACAUCUCAUGGCUGUUGGAAUUAGUAUUAAGUAAUCGGGUUAUAGCCCUGGAACAGUAACAUAAUAUGGAUGUUAGGAACUUGUCUUAUUCUCUUUUCUAGAAAUCCCUACUGAAAAGGUCCAUUGGGUAAAUAUUGGCGGCUUCUCCAGUAAUAGCUGUUUUGGAAAUAGAUUAGUUUUCUUACUUUAUUGUUCAUGGCACCCUUGAAUGUGAAUAUUAAUAAAUGUUUUUCUCAACCAUAGCUUUUAUUUUUAUAUACUGUCUUACACUGGAAUUACUUCAAUGUGUAGUUGAAUAAGUGAAGUAUUAGCUAUUUCUUUAUGUUAUUUCAUUUCCCCCCUCAUAAUAUAUGAAAUAGAAAAGAACUCAGCAAGAAUAAUACUUUUUUAUUCAUUGUUAAACAUGCUUUAUGGCAUGUAGCAACUGUUUGGAAAAACUAGCUUAAGAACUGAAAUUGUUCAGUAUUAUAAGCAUCCCUCAGCAAGCAAGAAAAGAGGAAAAAAUAAAAAAUGGAAAUAUAAAACAGUUCCCUCCCAUUCAAAUUCUGUUAUUCUUAUAUUUAUAAACUGAUGGUAAAAUAAUCACCUAGUAAUGUGCCUCAUCCAGUAAAGCCUUUGGAAUAAUUCCUGAGACAUAAAUAUGCAUCUUGAACAUUUAAAGCAUAAUUAAGUUUGUAGACCAGGCAUACAACUUUGAACAUGUAUGUCCUGUUCUUCAUAACUAUUGUUGCAAAAUGACCAUAUUUCAAUUACUCUAUGCUAAUCUUGGAAAAAUUUAACAAGGAUAGUCUUGGAUAGGAAAUAAUCAGAAAAAGAUUAAACUUAGAAGUUGAAAAAGGCAGGGAAACAUUUUAGUUUUUGUUUCUAAGAAUAUUUCAAGCAAAGGUCUAUGAAAUCACCCAGAAUCAAGCACAAUUUAAAACAAAGUAUUAGGAUGAAAUGAUUGCAUUGUGGAUAGUAAAAUCUGUAUUUGAUUUUUUUUUGCAAUAGGUGUAACAUUUACAUGUAUGUAGAAUACCAACCUACAACUUUUUUCACUAUCAUACUUGAAUUCUGGUAUAAUCCAGGAGCAAUGAAUUCUGCUAUAAUUCUGGAGCAAUAGAUAAAUUAAUUAUAUUGAUGUGACACAGCAGUGAGUGUAUUACAUAUUAAGAUGCACAAAACAAUGAAUCCCUUUGUUACGUUUUUGUUGCCCUUUUAAUAUCUAAGAAUCUAGAGUUUGCUGAACAGAGAAAUUACUAAAUAUUAGAUGGGUUUUAAAAGACUACAGAAAAUAUUUACGGCAGUUAAACAGAUGCAACAAAGCCAAAUAAUGGUAUUAAGAUUGUUAAAAUUGUAUUUUAUAGAUCAGUUGGUAGUAACAAAUUUAUUCCUUUAUUCUGCUGCUGAAAGCAUGCAUUUUGAAGUCUUUCAAAAUGCAUGAUGAUUAGAAAAAAAUAGAGACAUUGAUUACUAUUUAAGUGUUUUGCUAUAUGCUGAAUGAGUGUACUGGAUUUUUCUUGGCUAUUGAAACAGGAACAUUUUUAAUCAAGUAAACAUUAUUUCAUUGGCAUGAAUGUAACCAUGUCUAAUAAGGACAAUAAGAGGCUUGUAAGGUAACUGUGACAAUGCACCAAUGCUGUAAACUGUAUGCUAAUGUAAACAUGUAUAUUUCCUGACUUCAAGUAAAUGUUAACUGUUAAUAUAUUUUUAUUUUAGUGGCUUAUUACAAAAUAUUGUAAUAAAGAUGAGUGUAUGGAAUGAAUUAUAAAAACUGCAAUGCAGUCUGUUGUGAUAAAUAUCACCAGCAUUGUUCCAAAUAUCCUUAUACCAGCUUGGUGCUUCCAGAUAUAUUUGGGGCUACAGGUCCCAGAAUUCCUGGGCAGCAUAGCCAAGAUAAAGAAUUCUGGAAUUGCAGUCAUAAGAGAUAUGGGAAGUACUAGAUCGGUGAAGGCUGAUUAUGGGAAGUUUUGCUAUUCGGACUCUGCAUGCUUUGGUGACUCCAAAUUCCCUUUUGUGAACAUAACAUCCCUGUUUUAUUAAAGCGUUUCAGAUUUUUCUGGCAAACCUGAAAAAAAGAUUGGCCACUACUUAAAGGAAUCUGCUUAUUAAAAAUUAGUGAAAUUCUUAAAGCAGUUACCUUUUAUUCAGGCUCCUAUAGAAGCUGGAUAAAGCUCAGGCUGUUUUAAGAGAGAAUAGGGAAGUGUUGUAUUCAUACAGGCCUCAAGCACUUUUAAAGUGCAAUUACUGUACCCCUCUCAGCUGUCAUUGAAUUUAACCAUGUACAAAAUUAUUUCCACUGACAUUAUCCAGACUUGUUCCAAGGAGUCCCCAAACUCUGGAGUGCCCAUGGAGUUACCAGUUGUGGAAGAAUGUGUUCUACCAAUGGUAUCUCUUCAGCUGGCAGAUGAAAUUGGAUAUCACCUAUUGCAGAGAUGUAAUGGCACUUCCUAUAGCCACAAUGUACUAUGGAGACAAAAGCCACCUGAUUUUUAUACUUGCUUGAAGUUCUUUCACUAUUCAAGUGCAUCAGUCCAAUUUACUUUUUUCUAAUGAUUCAAUAGGAAACUAUCUUGGCACAAGUCAUUAUCUGUGAGAGUACAAUUCAGAUCCAUCAGAUUAGCAAACUGGGGCAUGAUAACCAAUAUUCUCUAUGCAUUGUCCGCCCUCCACCUUUGCAGAAAAGGUAAGUUAGUAGAGAUUACUAACUACACAGGUGAUUCUCAAUGGUAAUUUCUUCCAUAUGUUAUGUUUGCCCAAAAGUAUUUAAAUAAAAACUCUUAAUCCUUGAGUAAGUUUGAGAAUAUUUUCAACCUGAUUUAACAGCUCAAAUGCAGCUUGUAACAACCUUAUGACAAGUAAGGUACGGACUAAACAAAUGAAACUUGAAUAUUGUGUGUUAAAUUGUGAAGGUUUUUCACUGUCCUCUGAGAAAGAAUUAGCAAAUCUUGCACCAUUUAUUUGCUUACCAAAAAUAAAGUU